GGGAAAGGGGGCUAUUCUCUGUGGCCACCUGGAAAAAGCCACGUAAGAUCGGUGGCUCGUAUAGACAUGAGUCACUCGAGGUAGUAGCGCAGUCAUCCAAGGAAGAAAGAGGAGAUUAAUGAGUGAAUUUGACGAAUCUAAGAAGAGGACACUCGAGUUCAAGAGAACAAAGUUAAAGUUCCGUUUAAGGGCGAAGACGCACCGGGGCUUCAUGGACACGCGCAGAAAUACCCAGACCAACUCCAAAAAAAGACACCCCCAAGAGUUCGGCAACCGGGAUACCUUCAAUCGGUUUUGAUGUCAGGUGAAAGUGAAGUCAGACUGAGGGAGGUUUUGUCUUUAGCCAGGUAACAGACCCAAACUUAACUUUUCUGAUCGGGGACCAGUUAGACCGCGGUGAGGCAUGAGUGGAGGUCGCUUCGAGUUCGACGACGGCGGAGCUUAUUGCGGAGGCUGGGAGGGGGGGAAAGCCCACGGCCAUGGCAUCUGUACCGGACCCAAGGGCCAGGGCGAGUUCUCGGGCUCCUGGAACUACGGCUUCGAGGUGGUGGGGGUCUACACGUGGCCCAGCGGGAACACGUACGAGGGGUACUGGUCGCAGGGGAAGCGUCACGGCCUGGGAGCAGAAACCAAAGGACACUGGAUUUACAAAGGGGAAUGGACUCAUGGCUUCAAGGGGAGAUACGGCAUCCGGAUCAGUGUUGGCAGUGGAGCCAAGUAUGAGGGAACGUGGAAUAACGGGCUGCAGGAUGGAUACGGAACAGAGACUUAUGCGGAUGGAGGUACCUUCCAGGGUCAGUUCACAGGCGGGAUGCGGCACGGCUACGGGGUCCGGCAGAGCGUGCCUUACGGCAUGGCGGCGGUCGUCCGCUCCCCUCUUCGGACCUCCCUGACAUCGCUUCGCAGCGAGCACAGCAACGGCACCGUCUUGCAGCAAGACAUCCCCGUCAUCACCACCACCAACGCCUCAGGUGAGGAGACACCCGUCGCCACCCCUACCCACCUGGGACCGUCCCGCGGCGGCUUCGCCCUGACCCUUCAGGUGGACCCGGACGCCGUAAAACCCAAGAAGAAGGGCUUGUUUCGCAGGGGCUCCCUGUUGGGUAAGCUGAAGAAGUCUGACUCAAGCACCUCGCUCUCCAGCCAGAAGAGCAAGAUCAGUUUUCUCAGGACGGAAUCGGCUCUCAGCUCCAAUGCCAGCGACACACACUCCACCAUCAGCAUCGGGGACGAAAGCUUCGCCGGGGCCGAGGACUUCCCCCCGGUGGAGGCCGACAUCGACGCCACCACCACGGAGGUUUACAUGGGAGAGUGGAAGAACGAUAAGCGCUCGGGAUACGGAAUAAGCGAACGCUCCAGCGGGCUGAAGUACGAGGGCGAGUGGCUGAACAACCAGAGACACGGCUACGGCUGCACCACCUUUGCCGAGGGAGGGAAGGAGGAGGGCAAGUACGUGAACAACCUGCUGGUGAAGGCCAUGAAGAAGAGAGUGAUCCAGCUGAAGGGAACCAAGAUAAAACAGAAGGUGGAGCGCGCGGUGGAGGGCGCUCAAAGGGCCGCAGCCAUCGGCAAGCUGAAGGCAGAGAUCGCUGCCUCCAGGACGACCCAUUCAAAGGGGAAGUCAGAUGCGGCUGACCAGGCCGCCCAGGCUGCCAACAGCGAGUCCAGCAUCGCCCGACUGGUAGCCAAAGAGCUCUCCCCUUCCUUCUACCAGCCAGGUCCCGAGUAUCUGAAGAAGAGGGUGUUAGUGGAGGCCAUAGAGGGAAGUGAGACCACAGAGACUGUCAUGCACGAGCCGCUGUUAGCCGAAGAGGAGCCCCUGCCCACGCCACCCGAAAGCCCGCUCAUGAAUGAACUGGACAGCCUCAUGGCUGGCUCCUCCCCAGGCCGCACCCCCUCCCCCAGCCCAGGCAUAACCAGCAAGGAAGACUUCAAGCUCCUCAGUCCCGGGAGCUGGAACGAAGACAAAACCAUCAAGGCGGCUGGCAGUAAGGGUAGCAGUAAAGCCAACAGCCGGCCCGGCAGUCGCCCCACGACCCCGUCGACCUCCGCUUCUGCUCCCGCCCCCUCUGCACCUGAGGUGGCCGGUGGCCCCCCCCGCGCGCCCAGCCGCCAGAGCAGCAAGAACGAGCAGGGCUCGGACCUGGAGAUAAAGCCCCUGCAGAAGUUUGACUCGGAGGGGAAAGGUCCAGAUGUCACCGCAGACCUUGCCGCCCCUGUGAGGAAUAGCCUCGUCUCUCCAGAUGAAGAAGAAGCGCCCCGCCACAGCCCCAGGGUGUCCCCCAAAGCGGUGACCCCCGAGCCCGAAGCGGAAAGAACGCCUUCGGUCCGCGGACGAGCGCCGUCCGCGUCUGAGAACAGAGUGAGCGAGUCCAGCAGAGCGGAGACAAAGCCCUCACCCAGACGCCAACCCAGCCCGGCUCCGCCCCCGAAACCCGCACCGAGCCGUGGUACCGAAGCGGUCCCAAAGCAAGCGGAGGCCAAAGCUCCAAAGGUAGAGCCCAAAGCAGAAGGCAGGCUGAAGGCCAUCGGGACGAGCCCGAGUGACGAGGAGUCUUUGGACCUGGAGGGCCCGAACACCAUAAUGAUCUGCAUGGUCAUCCUGCUCAACAUCGGCCUGGCCAUUCUCUUCGUACACAUUUUGUCAUGAGGCAACUGUCAACGGGCCUCAGGUCACAAGCAGGCCUCCUCCUCCUCCUCCUCAGAUAGGACCAGAGAUCAAAGACGAAGAAGCCUCACGCAGACUGACUCGCAGCUCCUCCAGACGCCUCUGUCGGUGUGACUGUGAGGCUCCGUGAUGCUCCUCUGAUUCCACAAGGUUCCACAAAAAGGACUGAAGAAGAUUUGGGUACACGUGAAUGUGAUGAUGUUUGUGUGUUGGAGUCGGGUUCGGAUGGUAGAGCAUGUCCUCAGCGCUCACACUGGAGAAGCAGCGCUCAAGACGCCUCGUUUUGAACUUUGUCACAGCGUGUCACAUGUGUAUCAACUUUUUUGCAAGAAGAAAAAAAAAGCUUUCAACUCCUCCUUAAUUGGCACACACCGGCUGAUUGGAGAAUCUCAUUAGACGAUUAUACUUUGUCGUGAGCGAUGUGGGUGUGAUGUAGGAGGGUUGACAUCAUAUGCAGACUGAAUAUUCUCUCCACUCUCCUUUUUACUUAAUCGUUGAGUUUAACUGUAGCCUACAAUUAGAAGUAAUAGCUCUUACUUAUUUUAAGUGCAUACAUUUUUAAUAUGUGGCUAAAAAGCUAAAGGAUAAUAAUUAAGGAGUGUAAUGUAAAGUCAGUUUUACGUUUUUCCUCUUGCGCUUCAGUCUCUUAAGACGUCAAAGCAUCUAGUCGCAUUUCGGCUGAUUGCAUUUCGAGACAGCGGUGUGCUGCACUGUGAAGUUUUCUAUUUUCACUGGGAUUUACAUGCAUUUACUGUCAUUCUGUUGCUUUAAUUUAAGAGCUGAUGAAUGAAGAAGAAAAGGAAAAGAGGAAGCUUACGAGUGUUACUGUGGUGCUUCUCGCGUAAUGCUGUUUAGCACCCAGGUGGUUUUAAACGAGAGUUGUGUACGUUUUGCAACAGAUUGAGCAAGCAGAAGACUGAAGGCCGGGAUGUUUCUUAUUUAAAUCAAUCAACUCUGCGUUGGUGAGUUUUCUGAAUCUGUAUAGAUUUACAGAAGUGCAUCAGCAGGAGGCGGGUUAGGAUGUUUUAGCCUGUGAGCUUUUCGUGGUUAAAUGUAUAUUUUAGUAGGAAAGUGUCCACUUGGUUCCACACUGCAUUAUAUUUAGGGCCGGCUACGCCUCAGUGCUAAAUCAGACUUCAACUUUUGUACGCAUGAGGGCACUUUGUGUGUAUGUGUCAGUGUUUUUGUAUCGUUUUGAAGUGCACAUCUUUUCAACAAACUAUUGUCAGAGGAAUAUAUGCAACCCUAUAUGUAUUUAUUUCCCCAAAGUCAGAUAAACCUAAAGCAGUGAAAUGGAGAAAAAAUAAAAAAAAGGUCCUGAACUCCAUGUCUUACAUUGAGAAGAGCGCUCUCCCAAGGUGCCGUUUUAUCUUUCUCCCGUUCAGCAGCGUAAUACGUUGCUUUAUAAAAAAGGAAAAGUUAACUGAAAUUUGAUGGUUCUGCAUUGUUAAUGGAAAAAAGGGAAACUGUAAAACGAUUGAGGUUCCAGAAGUCUUCUGUUCAGAAAAUGCUGUUACCAAAAGAAGAAAAAAAAUACCAUCAACACAAGACAAAUUGUAAGACAAUUAAAAGUGCAAUACAACUGUACUCGAAUGGGUCAGUGUAACGAGGCUGUUUGGUUUAAUCUAAGAGCAAAUAACUGAAUUUGAAUGCAUUAGCAGACAAACUAACCAAAUAAAAAACGUUUACAACA